AUGCCGGCAUGCGAGGAUAAACUGUGUUUCUUUCGUUGUUUGGCCCUACACCGGGGUUGUCACCCCAAAAAUUUAGAACGUGAUACUCAACAUUUUUAUGAACAAUAUUCAGAAGAUGAUGAUUUUGACGGUGUGACACUCGAAGACCUCCCAGAGUUGGAAAAGUUGUUCGAGUUGAACAUUUACAUGUAUCGCCUUACAGAGCUACAUGACGAAGAUGACGAUACGACCUCCAUUGUGGCUCAACUCAUACAGCGCUCCCAUCGUAGAUAUACCAAUUCGAUGUAUCUGAACCUCUACGGUAGUCACUUCAGCUACAUUAAGAAUUUGGCCAUGUACUCCAAGUCCUACUGUUGUUCCAAGUGUGACAAGAUGUGGAAAACGGCAAAAGCCUUGAACAAGCACGAGCGAACAUGUGAAGCAACUAUACGUCACAUCUUCCCUCGUGGUGCCUACAAAGUUCCACAAACCAUCUUCGAUUUGUUGGCCGACGAGGGAAUCGAGAUCCCUGAAGAUCUAAAAUACUUCCCUUAUCGUGCCACCUUUGACUUUGAGUGUUAUUUCAAACGUGAAACCGAACAUCCACGAAAUACAGCAAAGUUAACGUGGGAAGCCGAACAUAUCCAAUUGAGUAUCUCUGUAUGUUCGAACGUCCCUGGUUAUGAUCAACCCAAAUGCUUCGUAUCGUCUGGUAGUACAAGUGAAAUGAUCCAACAGUUCGUGGAAUAUUUGGUUGAGGUCAGCCAAGAAAGCUAUGGAUUGUUGCUGGACCAAUUCUCUGACGUUUUUCGUCAAAUUGAUGAACGGGUCAAUGAGGUGUAAUUCACACGUAUUAGAUUCUUAGUAAGAUUUCUUAUCCUUAAUAUUUUUUUUCUUAUAUCUUUAGGUGGGGGAAAACGAGGUUAUGGAAGUUGCCGCGGGGGAGGAUAAUGAGGUAAAUUAUAGGAAGGUUAUAUUUGCACUUAUAUUCUUUAUAUUCUAAUAUAUCUUAUGUUUUAGCAAAAUACAGAGGAACGGCUGAUUGAGGAUAUGGUGGGAUGUUUGAUGGGGCUGAAUAGUGAGGUAUAUAACAUGAAGUUUGAACUCAGCAGUGGUCUUUCCUGUGCUUACCAUAUGUGUACCUUUUAGGUGAGUGAAGAUGAAGACGAAGUGAAUAAAGAUAAAGUCGUUGAAGAGAGAGUAAGUAUCACCCUCAUGAUCCAUUUUAGCGAUUGUUAUAUAGAUUAGUAGGGAUGUGUAAGUAUCUUGCUUUUUACUUAUGACACCUUUUCAUUUAUUUAGGAUGUGGUCCAUCCUCUGCUCAAACUCCAAGAUAAAUUGUCAGAAUACUUACAAGAGCUACCAAUUAUUGGGUUCAACUCUGGUAAAUAUGAUAUUAACGCUGCGAAAAACCCCUUCUUUUCGCAUCUCGUCAAACACGAACAAGUUAAGUUUGUGAUAAAAUUUCUCGAUAUCACAAACUAUCUGGCUUCGGGAUUUAGUUACGAACAGUUUCUCAAAGCGUACGAGUGCUCCCAGACCAAAGGCUACUUCCCGUACGAGUGGGUCGACUCCCUCGACAAACUCAAUCAUUGCUCCUUACCACCACGCGAAACCUUCCAUUCCACUCUAUCCGGAACCGACAUCACCGAGGAACAGUAUGAGUAUUGCCAGGGUGUAUGGAACGAACAGAAUAUGACAACUUUCCGCGAUUUUCUCGUGUGGUAUAACAACCUUGAAGUAGUCCCCUUCCUUGAAGCAAUUGAUAAAAUGAGCAAUUUCUGGCAAGAAAGGAACAUUGAUAUGUUUAAGGACGGUGUGAGUGUGCCUGGCUUAACUAUGGAAUAUUUAUUUUCAAACAUUCCAGGCACCUACUUCUCCUUGUUCAGCGAGAAGGACAAGGAUAUGUAUUAUUCAAUGAAGGAUAAUAACGUAGGGGGCCCCAGCAUUAUCUUUAACAGGUACCACGAGAAAGAGAAAUCAUCCAUACGGAAGGAAGAAAUGCGAGCCAGAGGAAAAAAAUCGAAACCCUGCAAGAAUGUAGUUGGUUACGAUGCCAAUACGCUUUACUUGUGGGCCAUCAUGCAAGACAUGCCAACUGGACAGUACACAAGACGGUUAGAGGAGGACGGGUUUAAGAAACGAUGGA